AUGAUGAAAGUAAUGAUGCUGAUGAUUUAUGUAUGAUCGUCAAUAUGCCUGCAGGGCGCAUGCAGCCGUUAUAUAAGAGUUAUAUAUGCCAUAAAAAGCCUCGCUACAAACAUGCUGAAACAGCUAUGAUUCCAAUUUUAUACAAAGCAUACCUAUCAAGUUUAUUCAGCGCGCAUUUGCAUUAUGCGACACAUAGGCAAGGCUUCUACACAACAUUCGAGGCUUAAGACCCACAAAUCAAUUUAA